CUCAAUAUAUCCUUUAUCAGCUGACAAUGCUGGAGUAGUUUGAUUUUUCUGUUUUCAGUCGGAAGCGUUGGGCAGAUAACGUGUUUGUGAGGAGUUUCAGCCAGAAGUUCGGUGGUAUAAAAGGACGUGCAGCGACAGCUGGAAAGAAGUUGUCCAGAAAACUUCCAGUGUGGCGAGUCGGUGUGGAUAGCUAGCUAAUUAGCUAGGAUCAUGACUAAAGAGUUUGCUUGCUAACUCGAUAGUAUCUAGCCAGCAUUUACUAGCUAGACGUCAGUUUUGUGUUUUUGGAUAAGCUAAGCUAGCUAACCGACCUGUGAAGCUGUCGCACCCGUACAGGGAUGUGCAAUGGCAUCGGUAAAAGUGGCUGUCCGGGUCAGGCCCAUGAACAGACGGGAGAAAGAUCUUUCCGCCAAGUUUAUAAUUCACAUGGAAGGGAACAAAACCUCCAUUACCAACCUGAAGAUACCCGAGGGAAUCUCCGGGGAUUCGGGGCGAGAGAGAGUCAAGACGUUCACGUACGACUUCUCCUACGACUCAGCCGACUGCAAGAGCUCCAGCUUCGUUUCUCAGGAGAAGGUUUUUAAAGACCUUGGCACUGACGUGUUGAAGGCUGCUUUCGAGGGUUACAACGCCUGCAUCUUCGCCUACGGGCAGACGGGCUCUGGGAAGUCCUACACCAUGAUGGGACACCCGGGCGAUUCGGGGCUGAUCCCGCGGAUCUGCGAGGGUCUGUUCAGCCGCAUCGCGGGGAUGGCCAGGUGGGACGAGGCCUCCUUCCGCACCGAAGUCAGCUACCUGGAGAUCUACAACGAGCGCGUCAGGGAUCUGCUCCGGAGGAAGUCCACCAAGACCUACAACCUUCGCGUGCGAGAGCACCCCAAGGACGGGCCGUACGUGGAGGACCUGUCCAAGCACCUGGUGCAGAACUACGCCGACGUGGAGGAGCUGAUGGAGGCCGGCAACAUCAACCGCACCACGGCCAGCACGGGCAUGAACGACGUCAGCAGCCGGUCACACGCCAUCUUCACCAUCAACUUCACUCAGGCCAAAUUCGACGCGGAGAUGCCGUCGGAGACGGUGAGUAAGAUCCACCUGGUGGACCUGGCCGGGAGCGAGAGGGCCGACGCCACCGGGGCCACCGGCGUUCGCCUGAAAGAGGGCGGGAACAUCAACAAGUCCCUGGUCACCCUGGGCAACGUCAUCUCCGCUCUGGCGGACAUUUCCCAGGACGGGACGGGCACGCAGCUGAGGAAGAAGCAGGUGUUUGUGCCGUACAGAGAUUCGGUGUUAACCUGGCUCCUCAAAGACAGCCUCGGGGGCAACUCCAAGACCAUUAUGAUCGCAACCGUCUCGCCCGCCGACGUGAACUACGGCGAGACCCUGAGCACCCUGCGCUACGCCAACCGCGCCAAGAACAUCAUCAACAAGCCCACCAUCAACGAGGACUCCAACGUCAAGCUCAUCCGCGAACUCCGCGCCGAGAUCGCCCGGCUCAAGGCCCUGCUCAUCCAGGGCAAUCAGAUCGCGCUGCUGGACUCCCCCACCGCUCUCAGCAUGGAGGAGAAGCUGCAGCAGAACGAGGCCCGGGUCUUGGAACUCACGAAAGAAUGGACCAAUAAGUGGAACGAGACGCAGAACAUCCUGAAGGAGGAAACGCUCGCCCUGCGGAAGGAAGGCAUCGGGGUCGUGCUGGACUCGGAGCUGCCGCACCUGAUCGGCAUCGACGACGACCUGCUCAGCACGGGCAUCAUCCUGUACCACCUGAAGGAGGGCAAGACGUACGUGGGCCGGGAGGACGCCACGAACGAACAGGACAUCGUUCUGCACGGGCUGGACCUGGAAAGCGAGCACUGCGUGUUUGAGAACGUGAGCGGGACGGUGACCCUGGUGCCUCUUCACGGGGCCCAGUGCUCCGUCAAUGGGGUGCAGGUCACUGGGCCGUCCCAGCUCAACCAAGGUGCUGUCAUACUGCUCGGGAGAACAAACAUGUUCCGGUUUAAUCACCCUAAAGAAGCCGCUAAGCUCAGGGAAAAAAGGAAGAGCGGCCUGCUGUCCACCCUCAGCCUGUCGAUGACGGACCUGUCCAAGUCCUGCGAGAACCUCUCCGCCGUCAUGCUAUACAAUCCCGGUCUCUACAAUGUAAAGGGACCCAUCUAUCUCAGGUUGGAGUUUGAAAGGCAACAACGGGAGGAGCUCGAGAAGCUGGAACAUAAAAGGAGGCUGAUAAAGGAGAUGGAGGAGAAGCAGAAGUGCGAGAAGGCGGAGCUGGAGCGCAUGCAGCAGGAGGUGGAGUCGCAGCGCAAGGAGUCGGAGGAGGCGCAGCUGCGCAUGCGGCGGCAGGAGGAGAGCCUGAGGCAGCGCAGCCAGGACAUCGAGGGCCGCCUGCGCGACCUCCUGGCCGAGAGGGAGCGCUUCGAGGAGGAGCGCCUGCGGGAGCAGCAGGAGCUGGAGGAGCAGCGGAGGAGGCGCGUGGAGCAGGAGGAGCUGCACAGCCAGGCCCGGCUGGAGCAGGAGCGCCUGAAGGAGGAGAAGACUGAGAUCUUCCGGGAGCUGGAGCGGUUGAGGCGGGAGUGCGAGGAGCAGUCGGUGAGGCUGGAGCUGGAGAGGAGGCGCCUGGAGGAGCAGGAGCGCGAGCAGGUCUCCCUGGUGGGCCGUCUGGAGGAGCAGCUCCGGGAGAGGCACGAGACGGUGGGCCUCCUGAGGACGGACGACGCCCGGCGCCUGGAGGAGGAGAAGGAGGCGCUGGAGGAGAUCAGGGAGGUCCUGCUCAAGGCCAAGGAGGCGCGGCCCGACGGCGGCGAGGAGCCAGAGGAGGCGCGCUGCGCCAGGGGGAGGUACACAGAGUUGAAGGAGGCGCAGCUGGAGCGGCUGGGGGGCUUGCAGGAGGCACUGACGCAGGAGCAGGAGCGCCUGGAAAAGGAGGUUUCGGUGGAGCGCAAGGCCCUGGGCCUCAUGCAGCGUGCCCACGAGGAGGCGCAGGAGAAGGGGGCGCAGGACGGGGCCAGCGUGGCCCAGGAGGAGCAGCGCCUCCGCCAGGCGGAGCAGAGGCUGCACUUUAAGGAGCGGCAGCUCGCCUCCCUCACGCAGACCCACCUCCCCGCCGUCAGGGAGGAGAGGCAGCGAGCCGCCGAGCUCCUGGAGCGGGGUCCGCUGGGCCUCGACAACACCCUGUACCAGGUGGAGAAGGAGGUGGAGGAGAAGGCGGAGCAGCUGUCGGCGCACCGGGCCGGGGCGGAGGAGCUGCAGCAGCUGCAGCGGACGUACGAGUUCACGGCCAACGUGGCGCGGCAGGAGGAGAAGGUGCGGCGGAAGGAGAAGGAGAUCCUGGAGUGGCGCGGGAAGCGUCAGCGGGAGGCCCUGGAGCAGGCGGUGGCCAGGCUGGAGCGCCGAGGGGAGGCCCUGCGGAGCCGCUGCCGGUCCGCCUCCGCCGAGCCGGAGACGGAGGGGCGCGGACGCAAGCGCUCCGCCCGCGGGGGUGAGGGCGAGGAGGGGGAGGAGGAGGAAGAGGAGGAGCAAGGCUCGGAGGCCAGUCCGGAGGAGGAGCAAGGGGCUCAGGAGCAGGACGGAGAGAGGAUGGAGCGUGAGAUCCUGCAGCUGAAACAGAGGCUGAGCGAGGGUGACUCCUGUGGGCGGAGCUUCUCGGUGGGCGGGGACGACAGGUCGACCAGCCACAGCAGCUCGCCUGUCAGCCCCCGCCCGAGCCUGCCGGGCGUGCUCCCCCUCACGGACGACAGGAUAAACGCGUACAUCGAGGAGGAGGUGCAGCGGAGGCUGCAGAACAUGAGCCUGGCGAACGGGGACGUCGGCGUGGGGCUCUCCCUGUCGUCCGAAUCUCUGCGGGAAGAUGAGAAAUCUCGAAACGGGCUGGAUCCGCGGAAACUGAAAUAUAAGAGAGAACCUGAGCCUCCGCUCCAGCCUGCCAUCCCGUUCUCCUCUGGCCCCGGGACGGGCGGCCCGCCGAGCGGCGGGGACGGCGCUGGGGCGCGGGAGGGGCGGAGCUUCGUUAACGAGCCCCCCUGUCCCGCGGAGCGGCGGCGGCACGCUAAUGACCCGGAGGAGGGUUGCGUUCUCCCGGGCAGGACUGAAGAGGAGCCCCGUUUGUCACCUCAUAAAUCACGGGGACGCGAGGAGACGGCGACGGUCGCCGUGGCGGCGGAGCGCCGGGAGAUUGCGGGUCGCGCCCGCCGGCCGCCGCCCGUCCCGGCGCGAGCCGACGGGGGAGUCGGCCCGGCCCCGAGUCGCGGCGCGGACGACGGGCAGCCGGCCGACAGGGGCGGGUACCUCACCGUCAGCGGCUCGGGCCGGCCCGGCCGCUCCAGCCCCGAGCCCGGAGAGACCUCGUUAAAGGAGGGGCGGCCCGUCCUCCAGCUCGCUCGUUACCGCGUGCAAAAAUCCGCCGCCGACGCCACCGAGGUCCCAGCAGCGCCCGGCGCGGGCCUGGAAACGUCCUUGCCGAGCCGCCCUCCGGAACGCCAAUUUGGUCGCGUCGCCAUCUCCGGAGCGUCGGCCGAGGGCCGAUCGAGGACGGGACGGGACCCGUCCGCCGAUGACGAACCGUCGUCCCGGGACGUCAACGCGAACCAGAGCUACAGCCUGGGCAGCUUGCUGGGGAAGCUCUCCUCCCUGUACAGAGACGCCAGCCGCAGGCUGCAGAGCGCUCCUGGAGCCAUCCGGCCGGCCGGGAAGGGGGAGGACGCCGGCGGGGGGGGCGGCUGCUAUAAGCAGAUGUACCUGGUCAUCAAAGACCUGCCCGCCAUCCGUCACGUGCACCUGGAGAUGCCUCCGAAACCUGACGUCCCGCAGAAGAACGCCCGCUUCACUAAUUCUCUCCAGACCUACCUGCAGGACGUCAACAAGUCGGUUGACGGUGUGCCGCCCCAGACCGUGGCGGGGGUGUCGGGGGACUCCGUGACCCGUCGCUCGAGCGGAAACGUUCCCGUGUUUUGCCAGAGGCUGGUGGAGUUUCCCAGCCCCCUCCCGGAGCUUCAGGCUCAGCCUCCGCACGCCCUGCUGGCCCAGUUCCACCACGUCCUGCCGCCAACCGUUUGCUCUACCCAGAGCCUGCUCGGAGUCUACUGGCUCAGAGUCGCGAACUACGAGGAGCCCGCUCCCAGACCCGCCUGCGUGCUUCUGUUUGAUUCCGUGCUCUACGCGAUGACCUCGGCGCCCGGUGCCCAGCGAGGGACGCCGCCGCUGGCCGUGUUUCACGCGACGCCCCUUGCGCAGGUCGGCGAGAUCCACGUGGGCUUCGCCGGUCAGCACCUGAGGCUCCAGGGCUCCUCGGCCGAGUCCGUUCUGACCCUGUACACCCACAACAAGCGCCUCACCCAGGACCUCCUGGGGACCUUCCUGAAGGUCCUGUGUCCUGAGCUCGCCGAGGAGACCUUCCGGAAGCACCCUCUGCUCUGCGGGGACCUCAUGCAGCUGUCUCUGGACUGGGGUUCCCAAGUGCCCGACCUCCAGGCCAAGAGGGUGCGGGUCAGCUCGCAGCUGGACAAGGCGCUGGCCGACCUGGUGUACCUCCUGCACUGCAACAUGGGAACGGACGGCCCCCGCCUGGCGGAGGUGCGGCCGCUCCUCUACGCCAGCGUGGGCGCGGUGGUGACCCCCGAGCCCCGCCCCCGCGCCCUUGCCCAGUUCCUCCUCACCGACACCCACCUGGCGCUGGUGCAGGAGGACGGCGUGUUCCACCCCGCCCCCCGAUCGGUCGCUGCGGCGCCGCGGCGGCCCCACUUCGAGGUGGUCGGCGUGCGCCGGUGCGCGGACGUGCGCUGCGUGCUGGUGGCGGAGACGAGCGGCGUCCUCCAGCUGGACGUGGUCUUCGGCAAGGCGGGCCGAGAAGGGGGGUGCGGGGCCGGGCGAAACCACGGAAACGGGGCGUCGGCCGCCGUCCCCUCUCCCGCCGAGCCCGCUGAUUUAUCGCCCCGCUCCGAAGUCUGGAAAUUAACUUUCGGCUGUAGGGCAGAGGCCGCGGUCCUCAUUAACCGCUUGUCGGCCGUCUGAUGCGGGAGUUGUGGUGCGAUCCAACUACUGUCCGAACUGUAACCGCUCAAAAGCAGCGAAGAAGCCAAAGAAUGAUUCAUUAAUUUUAAAAAAACACUACUGGAAGAAUUGACGAAAUAAGUUUAAACUGAAUGUGUUUGUGUACGGCUAUAUGCUGGCACCGUCUGUGCUGCUAGUGUAGGUUCUCUUGUUUUAUUUGUGAAAUUUGUUCAUACUGUUUUGCCAGUUUGCACGACUGAUCUAUUUCCUCUUUUCACUCCGUUUACACCUGGUACUGUAUCUACAGCUGAUGAUGCCUUUAAACCUUUCAUAGGAAACAUCGGAAAGCUGAACACUUGUUAUUCAUUGUGUAUGCGUGGGUGUGUGUGUGUGUGUGAUUGCACGGGUACGUGUGUGUGUGUGUGUGCGCGCAUGCACGGGUGUGGGAGUGUGUGCAUGUAUGUUUGAUUGUGCUUGCGUGUGUGUGUGUUUCCUAGUACUUUAUAUUUUCAGCAAAUUGGUUCCAAAUUCUCCGGUUCACCGUACUUCAGGUUCAGCACCGAGCACUUUACUGAAGGGAGGAGGGUACUUUUAAGAAACUUUGCGGUAUAAGGGACGCCCCCUCAACAAUGUGUGCCUUUGUUUGGUCAACUUUAGUGAAACCUGUCAGCUCAGCUGAGCUGUAUAACGGGGAUGCCUUACCGCACUGCACUGCGCACAGCUGACGGCUCCACUCAAUUAGUGUCUGUCAUUCCAAAACAACAGCUUUAGUUUUUUUCAGUCUGGCUGGAGCUGACGUCUAUACGUUUUAUUUUCGUUUGUUUUUUUUGUUUUUUUUUGUCCAUCUCCAAGCUAUCACUCUUCAUUCCUUGCCUGUUUAAUGGGGGGUGGGAGGGGAAAUGGGACAACUGGGAGGCUGCUCAUGUGGGAGACAGACAAAUUUCCAUUAAGUUUGUUCGGGGUAAUAGCGAACACUCACACGUCGUUCAUUUUUGUUUCGCAUUUUUGUUUCGCUUGCGUUUGUUUUUCUACUCACUUAAUUUGAGCCGGGCUCCGUGGGUGCGUUAAAGGGUGAGGUUAGUAUUUUUAAACUUGGGACUUUUUUUUUUGCUGCAGUUAAUACUCCGAGGUGACGGCGAGAAGGUGGGGAGAAAGGAAAUGUCGAGUGGAAAUUAAGUGUCGGUGUUUUUCUUGGCUGUCGACGCGAAAACCCAGGCGUGACUUUCGGCUGGAUGUUGCACAGAGCAGGUCGUCUUCGGCGACGAGUCUCUGCCCUCCAGAGUGGGAGAACAACGUCGCCCCUGACAACUCCGCCCGAUUCCGACGACCUCGAGGUUCUCUCAGCCUUACUCUCGGUUAUAUAAGCAUAAUGAUUGCCUUCCGCGGGUUUCCGCUGACCGUAAGCGAGUGGGAGAGUUGUGUUUGCGUUAGGAACUGUGGAAAAACCACCGGUUAAAAUUUAAGACUUUCUUCUGAGGUCUAUUUAUGUGGCUUUACACUGGCAUUGCGAUAAAUGCCGGAAGUGAAAUUUUUAGGUUCGAUCCCAAAAAGCCCCUGUUGCUUUUUAAAUAUUGUGUAUGGUUUUAAUGCCCCUCUAGUUUUAAGAGUUUCUCGUUCCUCGCCUGUGUAGGUGCUUGACAAUCGGAAUGGAGAAACAACCCCUAAUAAAUAAUAAAAUUAAUAAAAUAAGAAUUAGAAUUUUGUUCCGUUUGCUCGCUGACAUUCGCGAUGCGGAAGAGCAUGCACGCCGUGUCCUGUUGCACCAAACAGUCGAGCGGUUUUAAAUAUAUUUGGACAAGCAUUUGACAGCCCUGAUGUUUUUGUAAAUUCACGUUUUCCUUUUUUUUUCUUCUUUUUCCUUUUUCUUAUUUUGCUUUUUGCUUGAGUUUGUCAUUCUGUAUCUGAUUCUGUUUGUUCAGGAACAUUUGCACAAAGCCGUUAAAUAAAGAAUUGUGUGAUUGUGAAGAAUUUUAUGGCAGCAGAAAAAAAGAGAUAUUGAUGUAAUUUGCAGUGUGAUUACAGGAAUUUCACAGUAUUGUCAGUGUGCAGUAACUGUCAUGUUUAUGUCAUGAAAUUUAAAUAAAGAUUGAAUUUAUAUAA